AUGGGUGAGAUGAAACUCAGACGAGCCUGUGAUCGCUGCCACAACAUCAAGGAACGAUGCCAAUGGAUCGGGUCCGACGCCUGUCAACGUUGUGUAAGACUAAAUCACGAAUGUGUCACUCUUCGACCAGUCCAGAAACUAGGCCGGAAGCCCAGAGGCCGCUCUGGAAACCAUUCUAUCACGCCCGAAGAUCCUCAACCAAAGACUUUGGGAGGCUUUGGCAACACAUCAGUAGAAGCAUCGUCGUCAGACCCUUCUGAUCAGAGCUAUGCUUCUCACCCACGUCCGGUGCCUGUUGGGCGUCCAAUCUCCGAGGACAAACUGAAGGAGCUCACCACAAGCGAUGGCGUGGAUGAACGGGAAAGCGAAUUGCUAAAUAUUUGCUUCCAUGACACUGAUGCUGCUGGCCAGUGGACUCUAGGACCAACCUUCUGCAGGCGACACGCCGAGGAUCUCUUCUAUCGUCUCAAGAGUGCACUUCCACAGCUCAAGGACGCCUUCAUCUCGGUCGCCUGUUUGAUGCACAGCAAGUCAGAAGAUCGAGCUGCCGAUCUGAUUCAGCAGAUCCAACCAUAUUGCAAUAACAAAGCCGCACUAAGUGUGUCCGCACUCCGGUCACUCAAGGUCAAUGGUCGUGAAGAUGUCGCUACAGCUCUUGUUCUUAGUCUAGUCAUCUCAACCUUUGGUCUGUUCGUGGCGGAUGGUGAUUCGGCUGCUGUCUGCGCAUACACGCUCGAUGCUAUCGCACCAUUCUAUCGAUCACCAGAUGUCGUCUUCGCUGCGGACGAACACGCAUACCUCAUUGCACUCUUCUAUACCGAGUUGAUCGAUUGCGUACCGCACUCUAGAGUACCCAUCAUGAGAUAUGGUGCGUUCUCAAAAGCCGCCGGGCACGUCGAUCGAUACAUGGGCCUAGCUGCGCCUCUGAUGUCAAUCUUCUACGAUCUCUGCGUAUUUUCUCAUCACUUGUCCACGAGUCGGACACCGAAUGCGGCUGACGUCUGGCGGCGAUCCGAGGAGCUCGAGCACGAGAUUCGAGCCUGGAAGCCAGCUAAGCCGGAAGGAUUUCCGGACUCGUACUUUCCGGUCGAGGUCAUUCAGAUAUUUGCGCAGCUCAAGGGCUUGAAGCAGGCUGCAUUGAUUAUGCUGCACCGCCUACGCUACCCAUAUGGCAUCCAAGAUGAGAAAGCGCUGGCCUUGUCUGACAGCAUCAUCGACGAGAAUGCUUUAGUGCUCCAAUUUUUGGACCGCGGGGCUGCGAUGGGAAUGGACCUGGCCUUUCGAGCCAUCUGA